AUGGACAUUGCUGACUAUUACUACUAUUACUACUACUACUACUACUACUACUACUACUACUACUACUACUACUACUACUACUACUACUACUACUACUACUACUACUACUACUACUACUACUACUACUACUACUACUAGUAAUUCUACUACAAAUACUAUUACUACUACUACUACUACUACUGCUACUAUUACUACUACUACUACUACUACUGCUACUAUUACUACUACUACUACCACUACGACAACUACGACUACCACCACUAAUACUACUACUACUACUACUACUACUACUACUACUACUACUACUACUACUACCACUACCACUUCCACUACCACUACCACUAGAUAGAUAAUUUUAGAUAGAUAAUUUUUAUUAAAGACCCAUCGGGGUCCCAUCAAAGCAAGUUAAAAUAAAUUUGCAUGCGAGUUUUAGACGAGGUAGGCCGAAUCUUUACAAAAUGCAAUUCAUAGUAUCUAAAUUAGAAGUCCAUUGAGAAACAUGAUGAUUGAGGGUUGAAAAAAAACUCCUAAGAAAAAGUUAAAAAUGAUUGGAUUAAUUUUACAGGAGAAAAAAUCCCCUCUUUAAAAAUAAUAACAGAAAAAAGCGAGCAGGACUGGCCUGUAGGUGGCGGUAUAUAACGGAAUGUUGUCGGUCAUCGUCAGGGUAUCAAUAAAUGUCACCCUUGAUGGGUACGACUGUGGGUCAGACAGGACUGGCUUGCAAAUGGCAUUGUAUACGGGAUUCACAAUUGAGAUCGUCUGGGCCGGAUUGGUACGCCGCGUCAAUGAGGCCAGACGAGAGGAACCCAGAUGCGAUCGGCCACAGCACGCUUCGAGCUCAGCCGAGCAGUGAGGAAGGGAGGUACGACCGAACUACUAGUAGACAGUGAAUACUGAGGGUUCCGCCGUGAGCGUCGACAGACCGCAUGAGGUCGGAAUGCGGGAGAUGACAUCAAAAACCGCGAAAAUUGUCGCUAUGGGGGGAAGGAUAGCGAUGGAUUUAGAAACCAAUUAAAAACAGGGGUUUCUAAUGAUAUAAUUAAGAGUUACCACUAGAUCUACCACUAAAUCCCAGGAGGACCCUUCUCGAAGUCAAGAAUCUGAGUGUUCGGGAAUGAGACCGUUAACAGUGCCUUUAUGCUUUCCGGUGUAAGAUGGUUGCGGAAUUUCGACUUGAAUACUAGUAACUUAGGCGAUAAUCUAAUUUCAGGCGGAAGAUUAUUCCAAAGGAAGGCAUAUUUGGAAGCAAAGAAGAGGGAGCGCUUAGAUGUAGUACAAAGAGGCAACGGAAUCACCACGCAGGAGUUACGUGUGGCAUAAGACCGAACUCUCGGAGUGAGAGUGCCAAUGGGCGAAAGACUGGAGCUAGAGUUGAUGCGAAAAAGGAAGCAAAGGCCAGCUUCGAGUCUUCUAACCCACAAAAACUUCAUGUUCGCCAGCUGACAUCUCUGAUUAUAAGAAAUACUGGACGAAGCUUGAGAGAACAGUUUCCGGGUGAAAACUCUCUAAACAUUUUCGAUAUUAUUACGGUCGCAGGCGUUCAUUAAACAGAAGAAAGGACAGCAGUGUUCGAGGACCGGAAGAACAAACAUUUGAUAAAGUCUUAGCUUCAUUUCCGGAAGGAAAAAUUAUGCGAUAUGAAUCCACAUAUCUGCGCGGACUUGGCAGAGAUUCUAUCUGCAUGAGGUGAUAAAGCAAGUUUAUUUGUAUAACUUAGACCUAGG